AAUGAUACUUAAAUGCUAAAACUUUCAAUUCUUCAGAUAACCAAGAUGCACUUCCAGUGGGACUGGCUGUGCUUGCGUGUCCUGAUAAUUAGCUCAGUGACUGCAGGAAUGCGAAACAAAGAAAAUCUGGAUGCAGAUGUUGAAGUGGAGAAUUUUGACAAGCAGUCCCAAGAAGCUGAUGUUGACAGAGAUAAAUCUUCUAUAGAGGUUGUGUACCAGACUCCAAAGCCAACUGGGGAAGUGUAUUUUACAGAAACCUUCGAUGAAGGAUUGUCUGGGUGGGUGUUGUCUGUAACUCUGAAAGAAGACAUGGAUGAUAAUGUUGCUAAAUAUGAUGGAAGAUGGGAAGUAGAAGAGCUGAAAGAAAACGCAAUGCCCGGAGACAGAGGAUUAGUGUUAAAAUCAGUGGCAAAGUAUCAUGCAAUAUCAGCAAUGCUAACGAAAGCAUUUGUUUUUGAUGACAAACCUUUGAUUGUUCAAUAUGAAGUGAAUUUUCAAAAAGGCAUUGACUGUGGUGGUGCAUAUAUUAAACUUCUCUCCAGUAGCAAUGACUUGAAUCUGGAAUACUUUUUUGACAAAACACCCUACACUAUUAUGUUUGGACCAGAUAAAUGUGGAGAAGAUUACAAACUACAUUUUAUCUUCAGACAUAAGAAUCCUAAAACUGGAGAGUAUGAUGAAAAACAUGCUGAACGUCCUGAUGUAGACCUAAAAAAAUACUAUUUGGACAAGAAGACACAUCUAUAUACUCUUGUGCUAAAACCAGAUGAUACAUUUGAAAUAUUAAUCGACCAAAUAGUUGUCAGUAAAGGAAGUCUUCUUGAGAAUAUGAUUCCUCCAGUAAAUCCUUCCAAAGAAAUAGAGGAUCCUACUGAUAAGAAGCCUGAUGAUUGGGAUGAGAGACCAAAAAUACCUGAUCCAAAUGCUGUCAAACCAGAUGACUGGGAUGAAGAUGAACCUGCCAAAAUAGAAGAUCCUGAUGCUGUUAAGCCUGAGGGGUGGCUUGAUGAUGAACCACAGUAUGUUCCAGACCCUAAUGCAAAUAAACCAAAGGACUGGGAUGAAGAAAUGGAUGGGGAGUGGGAAGCCCCUCAGAUCCCUAAUCCAAAAUGUGAGACUGCACCUGGUUGUGGAGAGUGGGUGCAUCCCAUGAAGAAUAACCCAAAGUAUAAAGGAAAAUGGAGAGCACCUAUGAUAGAUAAUCCUAACUAUCAGGGAAUCUGGAGCCCUCGGAAAAUACCAAAUCCUGACUAUUUUGAAGAUCUUCAUCCAUUCAAGAUGACCACUGUCAGUGCUAUUGGUUUAGAGCUGUGGUCUAUGACAUCUGAUAUCUACUUUGAUAAUUUCAUCAUAUGUUCAGAAAAAGAAGUAGCAGAUCGCUGGGCAGCAGAUAGCUGGGGUUUGAAGAAAUUAGUAGCAAGUGCUAAUGAGCCUGGUAUGUUUAGUCAAUUGGUGACUGCUGCAGAAGAACACCCAUGGCUCUGGGUUCUUUAUAUCUUGACUUUAGCUCUCCCUAUUGGUCUAAGUGUGUUGUUCUGCUGGCCAGGAAAGAAAUCAGAUGAAUAUAUUAACUUCAAAAAACCUGAUGUAUCUAAGCAAAUUACAAAGGGAGAACAAAAGGAAGAGACAGAAGAGUUGGAAGAUAAUGAACUAGAAGAGGAAAAAGAAAAUGAAGAUACUGGUGAAGAUGAGAGAAGAGAAAUGGAAACAAAAAGAGAGCUUAUAAAGGAUACAAAGAAGAUGCGAAGAGAGGCUCCUGUUUCAGUAAAAUUAACUACUUCUGCAGAAGAUGAAGGUGGUGAAGAUAUUUAUGAUGAUGAUGAAGAAAAUGAAGUUCCAGAUGAAAGUCAAGAAGGUGAUGAUAGAUCAAAUAAAUCUGAUUCAGAAGAUGAGAGGAAAGAAGCAGAUGAAGGAAUGGGAGAUCGUCCACUGAAAUCAGUGCGCAAAAGAAGAGUACGAAAGGACUAAGUUAUUUCUAGCUGGUGUUUACAGGUCUAGAGACAGUGACAACAACUUUUGGUGCACCACUUCAGUGGGCCUGGAAAAUUCCUGAGCUUUGAUGAGAAAAAGAGCGGGGGUGGGGUGCUAUUUAACCUCUUUAUUUUAAUUCUCGGACUGCUUUAGCCACCCCAAACUUCCUCAAUUCCAUUUUUUUAAUGAUAAGUGCUAUCUGUAAAGAGUUAACUGGUUUUUCAAAUUCAAAAUAAAAGGGAAAUUACAAGUUGACCAGCUAAAUUUUAGGUGAAGAUUCGAUGUUUCUUAGAAAUUAGUAUUAGUUGGAAAUAAACUUACUCUGAAUAUUUUUUAAAUGAAUGCAUCAUAAUACUUUUGUAGCUCUAGCACAAAACAAGCUGUUUACAGUUUUCAGCUAAAAAGAGGAUGGUAGUUUAGAUGUAGCAUCUAUAGCAGUUCACAUUGCUGAGAAAAGGUAUUUUCUUCUGUGCAGAGCUAAAUGCAAUAAUUGUUUUUGUAUGAUGAUUUUGUGCUAGCAACAAUUUUUAUUGUAAUUUAUUUAUUUUAGUUGAUCUUGUUACAUGGGUGGUCACCUGUUCACUUAAGGCAUUGAUUACAGUAAUUUAUUUUCAAGAUAUAUUUUAAAAUAGAAUACAAGUGGUAAUUGAUGUGACUUGUUUUACUCUUGAAUGCAGGUAUCAAAUCUGCAGAAGUCAUAUACAGAUGAUUUUUUCAAACUUUUAUAGUUCUCAUGUUCCAAACCAGAGUGGUAUAACCUGUUCAUAGAAUACUUGCUAAGUGUAUAUUGUCACCUUAAAAUAUUUAUUAAUUCUUGCUUAAUAUGGAAUUUACUGAUAUACAUAAGAAUUUUUGAUGGAUUAAGUUUUUUACGAUGUGAGUAACUUGGGCAUUCUCAUAGUUUAAAUAAACUGCUUAUUGUAAAGAAACUUGGUUUCAUUUAAGUUCAGCUGUAUAUUAAACAGUAAAAUUUCAGUCACCAGAAACCUCUUGCUACUUGGCAGCUGCCUGUAGUAGAAUGUGUAAAUGCUAGCAGAAGUAGUCAUACAUUACAAACAAGUAGAAAUACAUUAAUUCAUAAGGAAUCUAACAGAUUUUCUUGUGCCUGUCAUAAAAUUUACCUGCUUUCAAAAGAAGUAUUUUCACAGCAGAUUCCAUGGAAGUCUCUAAGAAAUGAAUGCUUAACCCUAAUGAAGAAGCCCGUGUCCUCAAAUGCUUGUUUCAAAGUGUUCAAAAGUUAAUUAUACAUGAUUUUUACUUGGUGUGAAUCACAUGGAAAUGUCUGUAAGUUUUUUGUUUAACUUGGGGCUUUUUUUGUCCUUUUUUUUUUUUUUUAAGUUAACUGCAAGUUGCCACCUCUUUAUUUAGGGUGUCUAUGCAAAAGGCAAGAAGUGAAAACUCCAGAUUACUCCUCAGCAAUAGAUAAAAGCUGUUACCAGUGUAGUAUUCUGCUGGCAACAGUUAGGGUGAGCUGUCAGGGAGCACUUCAGCUCACCUUUUAAAUUAAUUAUGUCUUAGUCUGAUAGAAGUCCUUUGGAAUUGUUAGAGCAUUUGGAUGUCCUGGGAGUCUGGUUUGUUUGCGUAGGGGUUUUGGAGGGGUUUUUUUCCUCUGAUAUGUGAUAGUUACUCUAGUUAUUAUCAUUUCUUUGAUGUAAUUUAGUUACUCCAGAGAUUAGUCACCCCAUAGGGGAUGGGCAUAUUCCCUUAGGUUUUUGAACUUAAAAAAAAA